AUGAGACUGACACACGCUCUCGCCCUCGCCACGGUUUUCAGCGGCGCCAUCGCCAGUACCGUCAGCCAGGAGGAUUCAAAUGCCAUGCAGCAGGGUGAAAUGCACAGCUUUGCUCGGCGAGACAUGGAAGAGGCCCUGCGAGAGAUUGCUGCCAGAAACGAGGCCGUUGAAGAGGAGGACAGCGUCAUUGAAGUCAGUUACCGGCUGGAGUCUCGCGAGGACUUUGAAGAUGUGGCCCAGGAUGAAGAGACUCAGAGGAGGAGGAAGAAGCCGAAGAACCAGGGACAUGGGGGCCAAGAUCAUGGACACCACGAGGACCCUAGACACCACGAAGGCCAUGGACCUCAAGAGGCAAGCACCGGCAUGCUCGGAGGUCAUGGCCAAAGACCGCAUGACGGAGAGCACGGAAUGCACCGGGUUCAUGAGCCGCACCCCGUGGAGGUCGGAAUACACGACAAGGGACUGCACGGAGAGCCUGGGCUGCCCAAACAGCUCGAGAAGCGCACCGAGGACAAGAAGUUCGUGGUUCCUUAUGGGUGCGGGGAGCAUUAUCCUGUGCAGCACACCCAGAGCACCAAGACGCACCAUGUCCAGCCUACACACCAUCACGUCCCUGUCCAUCACAUACCGACGACCAAGACUCACGUGAGCAAGCCAACUCCUGCCCAUCAGACCCAGAUCUAUUCCAUUCACACAACGCUUCAAACCUCGGUGAAGCCCGCCACUACAAAGCCCCCCAUGACGAAGCCCAAGGACGUCACGAACAAGGCCCUAGACAACACGCCCGUCUACAACGUGCCCUCAGCCGUGACAAAGCCUGCCACGACUAACCCUGCCGCAACUUACAGCGCAUACAACAGGCCCUUCCACCCCAGCGUGCUCUGA